AUGGGUGACACGCGCUCCCCCGUGCCUUCGUCUAGUCCGGCUCCUUCACCCUGGAAGCACGCGUGUGGACACGCCUCGCUGGCGGAGCCGAGCGGCCCGCCAUUGUCCACCACCGACGCAGACGCAGGCUCGAGCACGCCCAGCAUGCCCAGCACGCCCAGCACGAGCAGCAGCGGCGUGGCCCCCGUGCUCGAUCACUCAUGCUUCCCACACAUCGUCGACGACAUUCUCCUCUUCAGCAGCCACAACACACGUCUGUCGUUCCGCGCCACGAGCCGUGCGUUCAAGUCCCUCGUUGAUCGCCUGUACUCUGAGCGAGUCGUUGCGAACGACGCAGGCCUCUUUACCCCAUCUGGAAGGCUCAUCCCGUUCCUCUCCCCGUUCAGUUCGCCCUCGUCCACCCCACCGUCUACGCCAACGUCGCCUUAUCGUCCCGAGCAUCCCGAACAGCCCGUCAUUCGCCGCCUCGACGUGAUGUGCGAGUGGGCCCUGCCUGCUGUUGAGGCGGCUCUGGCACGCUUGACGCUGGAUACGGUGCAUGUGCACGGGCAGUGUCGCUCAGUGCACGUCGAGUGUGACACACUCGUACUCCAUGCCGCUCUUGAACUCACUGGGCCCAGAGUAAGGACUCUAGUGCUCGAUAUCGAUGCACCCAAAGGGUUCACCUACUUUGUCAAGCGGCCCAGCAUCCCCGCCGACAACACGUUCGUCGUUGUUCAUCCGGACGUCGAGCUCCUGCUCGACUGCGAUGGCGAAGUGACCCAGCUCUCGCACGAGGAGUGGGCGUUCCUCGAGAAUUGCCGGUCCCUCUAG